CUUAACAAGAAGAACUAGGCCUAUGCGAUAAGAGAACCCGAUCCUUGACGGAAGCAUUUUAUCUUGUUUUUUCAGAAUGCUUUAGAAAAGGUGUUGUCUGGCCUCCACUCUGUUCAUUUGCUCACCCUUCCCUGAACCGUAGCCUACAAGCUCCGUGUGACAUCCUAAAACGAUUGCACUCAUCUAACAGCUCCCUCGCUUCUCCAGACAUGUCGUGGCUGCCUAUGCUUGGCCUGACUGCCCUGCCUCAUCUAGGAGGGCUCUAUGGAGGUUACAUCACACGCAAGCAGGUGAAGACUUGGUACCCCACUCUCAACAAGCCGUCAUGGCGGCCACCCAAUGCUGCGUUCCCUAUAGUGUGGACCACCCUCUACACAGGCAUGGGGUAUGGCUCCUACUUGGUGUGGAAGGAGUGUGGGGGAUUCACUAAGGAUGCUGUGGCACCUUUGGGACUCUACGGGUUGCAGCUGUCUCUCAACUGGGCCUGGACUCCCAUCUUCUUUGGCGCACACAAGUUGAAAAUGGCACUCAUAGAGAUAGUGAUACUGACUGGUGCUGUUGGAGCCACCAUGGCAUCCUGGUAUCCGGUCAAUCACACUGCCAGCCUGCUCCUGACACCCUACCUGGCAUGGCUAUGCCUGGCCACCUCCCUCAACUACUGCAUCUGGAGAGAUAACCCGGAUGACGAUGGAAAGGAGGAGUAGGCAACACUGUAUGCACCGUACUUGGUUUCUCCCAGGUUCUGAAAGGUCUUCAUUCCUGUUGAAGUAAUCAUGUCAGUUGAUAUUCACACCAAAAUGUGGUCUUACUGGUUGCAGUUAUAUUUAAUAAUUGUAUGAGGAGAUUUUUUGCACUAAACCACAUUUUCAAAAUGGCUAUACUAUGUAGUUGGGCAUGCAAUUGUAUGAGGCAACAACACUCAACAUCAGUAAUGUGAUCUUAAUUCAUUACAUUACAAAAAAACGUAAAAUAUUAUUGAUAAUAAAACAGUUGUUUUGAAGUUGCUAUAAUACCCCCAAAACAUCUACCAUUAUUCCUUUACAGUUAUGUUAUCAAAACCUAUUUCAUAUUGCAUAGCCUUUGUAUUGACAGCUCCAUGGUCUAAACAAUUGACCAUGGAGCUGUCAAUACCAUGGUCAUUUUCAUGCUACUGUGUUUUAUUUGAGUAUUAUUAUUAUUAGUAUUUUUUACAUAAAGGUUUCUCCCAUAACCUAAUCUCCAAUGAAGAAAUUGGUGCUUGGCUUCUGCAAGAUUUCAGAAAACUUCACUCUUAAAUGUAGUCCAAUAUUUAUUGAAGCUUACCAUGCAUGGCUUUGCAGAGAACUGAUUUAUUGUGCCAACUCAGUCUUACUACAAGGAAAGUACAUGCCAGCAAAGCCUGAAGUAUAUCAUAUUUGAUUUACAAUUGCCAAUGUUAGAAAUAUACAUUGUUUUGUCCUGAAGAUGGAUUCUUGAAUUUAUGGGAAGUCAGCUAUACCCCAAACACUGCUUAUAUUGCUUUUUAUGAUUGACCUUCUGCUACGUACAUACAGUAUCUCUUUGCACUGGUUUGUUUACUUUGCUUUCUUCCAAUAAACCUAUUUCCAUAAA